UAGACCUAAACUCAACAACAAAUUCAUCUAUCUGUGUGUUUUGAGUGUGAGAGAGAAAGCGAUCAAAGAAGCACAACAAUGGGGGGAGGAAUGGAGGCCAACAAGAACAAAUUCAUCGAAGAUUGGGGCACAGUCAGAGAGAAUCUCGAGCACAAUUUCCGAUGGACUCGUCGUAACCUAGCUAUCGUCGGAAUUUUCGGCGUUGCCAUUCCUUAUUUGGUUUACAAGGGCACCGUUCGUGAAUUUCAUAUGCAGGAUGAAGACAAUAACAGACCGUACAGGAAGUUUCUGCCUUGAGAUGCAUUUCAAAUCAAUAACAUCUGGACGGAACGAAACCUGGUUUCAUUACAGACAUCUCUUGUUUUGUAUGUUGUGUUAUUUAGACCCUACUUUUAUCUCUGGGCAAUCACUAUUCUCGCAUUUGUGAAACAUCAAAAAUAAUUUUUUAAUGAAGUGCCAUACGACAGGUGAGUGACUCCUGUUUAUCCUGUUUGUAAA